AUGAGGAUGAUAGCUCCAGCUCAGCCCCCCAUGCACCACAACCAGUCCCCAUCUUCACCAUUAUCAGCAAACUCCCCUGCAGUAGACUUCAGUCCACCUUUAAUAGCAAUGGUUGUCGUCGUCGCCGCCGCCUUCGUCAUUGUAACCUACUCCCGCCUCCUCACUCGCCACCUAUCACCUCCCAUCCACCGCCUAAUCCAACGCUUCCACAGCCGACGUUUCCUCCCUCCCUCAUCCUCAUUAGGUGACAUCGAAUCACUGCAAUACGAAUCAUCAACGUUCGAGGCUCCCCACACCUUCGGCUUAGACGAAUCCAUCAUCAAAACCAUUCCGUUCUUUAUCUAUACAACUAAAUACGAACAAGAAUCUCUCCGUGACUGCGCCGUUUGUUUACUUGAAUUCGAAGAUCAUGAUUAUGUACGCACUCUACCUCUCUGUUCGCACACUUUCCAUCUCGAUUGUAUCGACGCUUGGCUUCGUUCGCACGCUAACUGUCCUCUCUGUCGCGGCGUUCUUCUCUGUGAGUCUCCUUUCAGACCUCUCAUGGCCGCUAGAAUCCGUCCAUCGUUUCAUGACCAAACAAAUAUCAUCCACCUCGAUACGCCUGUACAACCGGUGCCGGAGAUUACUCCUCAUUCUCCGGUUAUGAAUAAUGCUGAUGAGAAUCGGUUUAUCAGACGGGAGGAUUUUCUGUUGAAACGCUCUUAUUCGUUUGGGUUUGAGAGGAGUUUACCGUCGGAGAGAAUGGUAAUCGACCCUGCCGCGACCUCCCCAUGGCGGUACCGGAGGGGGAGCACUAGUUUCUGGAGUAAAAGACCGUCGCCGUUUGGUUCAUUAGGGAAGUCGAGAGUAUUUUCGUUUAGAUAUUAUAGAGGAAUGAAAUCUCCGUUUUUCCGCCGGAGAGGUUUUUUCCCGUUGUCGGAGUCAAGUGUUAGGUACGCCGACGGAGGAACCUCGUGGCGGAGGAGCAAGUCAAUAGCAAGUCCAAUGUUCUUAAGAUCAUCAGCGGCGGUAUUCUCGUCUAGCCGUUUAAGAUGCGGUGAUCCUGAAGCGUUACUCUCGCCGGAGAGGUUCAACCGUCGACGAUGA